AUGGGGUACAGUGAUAGUAUUGACUUUAAUGGUCUCACGAUAGAGCACAGCAAGACCACCCCCUCUCCCGGUAGCCCGGGUUUACUGAAGAAGCUAAAAGAUUUUGGAUUCAUCAGCUACAGCGAUCAACCUCCAGGAAGUCAUGCUGAUGAUGAGUUUGGGCACAGUAAAGGAGUUGUGAUGGUGGAAGAAGGUAAAUCUGGAGUCUGGCUCUUACACAGCACACCACAGUUCCCUUUCAGUAUAGAUCAAAACCAUUUCUGGCCUCAAAGCGGAGCAAAACAUGCUCAGACGUUUAUCUGUGUGACAUUCCCCCAUGACCAGUUCAUCGCUAUAGGUAAACACCUGCAGUACAUCAAAGCUUUCCCAUUCGACCAUCAUGUUCCAGAUGUUUUUCCAGAAUUUAUCAAUGUUGUUAACUGGAAAUCAAUAACCCCCUCCAACGAUAAACAGCCGCUGACAUCAAAUGGACUACAGCCCUUUUUUAGCAUUGCUAAACUUCAGUUUAAAGACUGCUUGCACUCUGUGUGACGAAGAGCUCUAAGUGCGGCUGUGGCUCAGGAGGAAGCGGGGUUGUCCAGAGGCCGGAGCCCCUGCAGUCAGCAUGUCAAA